CCUACAAAUACCAAAACCAAUAAAUUCAAAAUUAAUAAGGCAAACCAGUAAAAUUAAUCCCACAAGUGACAAGCCCCUUUCCUUGUAUUAUCAUCUUCAUCUCUUUUUUCUGUGUAAAUCACCUUCUCCAAUCCUUUUCCUCUCUAAUUUGCCUUCAUGGGACGCAUAACAAAUCUAAGAGACCUAGUAGGCUUAAUCAAAGACAAAGCUUCUCAGAGCAAAGCAGCCAUAAUUUCAAAACCCAAGAAUUUCUCUCUUCAAUUAGCCCUUCUUAGAGCCACAACUCAUGAUCCCUUUACACCUCCAAAUCCAAAACACAUAACCACUAUGCUUUCUUAUGGCCAUAGCUCACGCGCCAUCGCUUCCCCCGCCAUCGAAGCCCUUAUGGACCGGCUGCAGUCUACCCACGACUCAUCUGUAGCUAUCAAGUGUCUUACAAUUGUCCAUCAUAUAAUCAAGCAUGGUAGUUUUAUUCUCCAGGAUCAGCUUUCUGUGUAUCCUUCUACAGGCGGUAGAAACUACCUCAAAUUAUCAAGCUUUAGAGAUACUACAACACCCAUAACAUGGGAAUUGUCUUCUUGGGUUAGAUGGUAUGCCAGAUACCUUGAGCAUCUCUUAUCAACCUCUAGAGUACUGGGUUUCUUUCUAUGUUCAACUUCAAACACAGCAGAGAAAGAUAAAGAAGAAGAGAAAGUUUCAGCACUUACAAAUCCUCACCUUCUCAAAGAGAUAGAUUCCUUAGCAAAUUUAAUGGAAGAAACAUGCAAAAGACCCGAUUCUUUGCAUCUGCAUGGCAAUGGCUUAGUUGACCAGGUCAUCAACUUGGUAAGUGACGAUUAUUUGUCGUCUAUAAAUGAAAUCGCUAUAAGGAUUGACGAGUUUAACCAAAGACUGAGUUGCUUGAGUUUUGGUGACUCGGUCGAGUUGGUAUGCGUUUUAAAAAGACUAGAGAAUUGUAAAGAAAGACUACUGGCUUUGUUUGGUAGGAAGAAAGCAUUGGUCGAAAUUGUUUGGUGUUUGAUAAGUGAAAUGAAGGAAAAGGUAGGGAAUACAGAAGAUGGGAGAUUGUCGCUUGCCAUCGGAGGGAAAGAGAGUGAAAGUGAGUCAGCUCGGUUUGGAGAACGAGUUCUGAGUUUUGGGGCGUCAGUUAAGUUUUCUUCUGGGAGAUUUUGAUUGGCAAUUGUAGAAUCACUUGGAUAAUGCGCAGGAUGAAAAUCACUUGGAUUAAA